UCAGAACAACUUCACUGGCCAGAGGUGGAUUUCUCUAAGAAGUCUAUCUUUAGUUCUGCUGACAGGGUGGUGAGUCCGAGCCAGGUGUGCCUCCAAAAGAUCUCCUCCUCUGUCCUCAGGGGCUUCCGGGACGCUGGCUCCAGCAGCUACAACGUCCUGCUGCGAGCCGAGGAGGAGAAGAAGAAGAGGAAGAAGCGGUCCGCGUGCAGGAGGCCCCAAACGUCUGGGAGGGGCGGUUCCUCGUCGGGCAGAAGAAACCGCCUGAGCCCGGCUCAGAAGAAGAACCGGGUCCCGGAUGGUGCGGAGAAACCCGUCCAGACCCACUGGGUGUCAAGUGAUCUUCCCACCCCGACCCUCAUGGUGACGGGCAGCAAGCUGGGGCUGAGCCUCCGCACCGUCCCACAGCUCAGGAAGACCUGCAUCCAUGACGGCCAUCGCCCUGCGCCGCCACCCCCCCACAGGGCGCCGAUGCCACGGGAGGCAGAAAACGGCAGGAGGUUCUGCAUCCUGUCGGCCAUCAAGCCGUCUAACGUGGACAAAGAGAAGGAAAAGUUCUUCAAGUCAGGCUUCAGCUACGACCCGCAGUUUGAGUACAGCAGCCCGCCGUCUGCGGCCGUCCUGGCACGCCACAACAACGCCUCUGACCGCUUCCUGACCCAGGCGGUGAACAUCAUGGAGGCGGCCCUGCAGCGAUACGGCAGCUAUGAGAAGUUUGAGCAACAGACGGGUGGAAACCUGCUCAGCAAGGCUCGCAUCUGGAGCAGCGUGAAGAGAUACAUGGAGAAGGAAGGCUGCGUGGGCGAGAUAGUCGUCAUGGUGACGGAGGACCUGCUGUCCAGAGCCUCCAUGACGGUGGUGAACGGCAGACCCACCAUGAGCAUCAACUCCUCCAGCGCCCGCGAGCACUGGCUGGAGGGAAUGCUGAGGCAUGAGAUCGGCACCCACUACUUCCGGAGCAUCAACAACCUCCAGCAGGUGUGGAGCAGCGGCGGCGGCAGGAAGAGGCUUAGCCUGAAGCCGGUGAACCCCACGGAGGAGGGCCUGGCGUCCAUCCACAGCGUCCUGUUCAGGAAGGACCCCACGCUGUGGCGCGCCGCUCUGCUCUACUACACCGUCUACCAGGCCAGCCGCAUGUCCUUCUCCCAGCUCUUCCACAAGCUGGGACACUUUGUCCAGGACCCAAUCACCCGCUGGGACUACUGCGUCCGCGCCAAGAGGGGCCAGAGCGACACGGCCCGGCCCGGAUGCUUCAGUAAAGACCAGGUUUACCUGGAGGGCAUUCUGAAGAUCCUGAGAUACAGAGACAAGAUCGACUUCCCGCUGCUGAUGGCGCUGGGCAAGGUCUCGUUUGAAGACGUGGAUCGCCUGAAAGCUCUCGCCCACAUGGAGAACGUCCGCAUCCCUCACUUCAUGCAGGACCAGGCCCGGUAUGCCGAGCAGCUGACCAAGAUCAUGGAGGUCAACCGGCUGACGGACGAGGAGCUGAAGUCGCUGAUCUGAGCCUGGCCUGCUGCCGGCACGGCGGUGGACGGCGCCCCUGCUGCUGAACCCUGGCGCUGCAGCCUGCAUGUUUACUGCAGAUGAGGAAC